ACUUUGCUUUAUUGUUCAAGCUGUCGCUCAUCACAAGCCUCUGUGGAUGAAGAGGUGGGCUGCGUUCAGACGCUGGAUCGGUGCCGAUCGCAGAAUGCAUCCAGGCGAGGAGGUGAACGGAGGCUCAUCAGAGUCUCAGCUGUCUGACGGCAGUGAUGCAGAUCAGGCGACACAAGCUGAGAGGUCACAAGAGGUCAAGAUCUAUAUCCCCUAUGAGUCAGCUGAACUCUGCGUCAAUCAGAUAGCGGAGGACAUGGAAGCGAUGAAGAGACGACACCUGGAGAUGGUGCAGGAGCUGGAGGAGAACUUUCAGGUCACAGCACGAGAGAACCAGGAGUGGACCGUGCAGAGGAUCAGAGCUCAUUACCAGAACAAGUUGAACACUCUGAGGAGAAUCCUGGACCUCUACCAGGAGAAGGUGGAGAAGAAGAACGCUGACUGGGAGAGGAGAGUCGUGGCCUUGACUGCCCAGAACGAGCAGCUGCAGGAGGAGCAGCGAGCGGAGAGGAGGAGGAGUAAAGAGGAGGCCCUGCAGUGGCACAGUGAAAAGAGCAAAAUGCUGGAACUGUUCUCCAACAGGCUGGAUGUCCUGCACAGCCACCAGGCCUCCACACUGCAGGAGCUGCAGAUGGCCAGACGGGAAGUGGGAAAGGUCCAAGAAAUGUUGACUGUGUCAUCACGGGAGCAGCAGGAAGCUGCGGAGGAAAGUGAAAGCUCAGAGGACAAAAAACAGACUGUGGCUCAUGCAGUCUGCAGCGCAGCGGCUGAGACCAGAGCUCUUUUGGACCGGAUGAUUGAGGAGAAUCGGGUGGCUCUGCUCUCACCCACUGCACAGCGCCAUCUCCAGGCAGAGGAGCAGCUUCAGUGACAGACUGCUGUCAUUGUCCUGCU